GCUAAACAUUGCGCAGGCGCGUUAGGUCCCAGUAGCUAUGCGUGUGCUUGUGGGUGGCGGGACAGGCUUCAUUGGGACAGCCCUAACCAAGCUGCUGAAUGCCAGGGGCCACGAAGUGACGUUCGUCUCCCGACAGCCCGGACCCGGCCGGAUCACGUGGGACGAGCUCGCUACUUCCGGGCUGCCGAGCUGCGAUGCCGCCGUCAACCUGGCCGGAGAGAACAUCCUCAACCCUCUCCGAAGAUGGAAUGAAACCUUCCAAAAAGAGGUUCUCAGCAGCCGCCUGGAGACCACCCAACUGCUGGCUAAAGCCAUCACCAAAGCCCCACAACCUCCCAAGGUGUGGGUCUUAGUCACAGGUGUAGCUUACUACCAGCCCAGUCUGACUGCAGAGUAUGAUGAAGACAGCCCAGGAGGGGACUUUGACUUUUUCUCCAACCUUGUAACCAAAUGGGAAGCUGCAGCCAGGCUUCCUGGAGAUUCUACACGCCAAGUGGUGGUACGCUCAGGGGUUGUGCUGGGCCGUGGGGGUGGUGCCAUCGGCCACAUGCUGCUGCCCUUUCGCCUGGGCCUCGGGGGCCCCAUCGGCUCAGGCCAACAGUUCUUCCCCUGGAUACACAUCAAGGACCUGGCAGGAAUCCUGACCCAUGCUCUUGAAGCAAACCACGUGCACGGGGUCCUGAAUGGAGUGGCUCCAUCCUCCGCCACUAAUGCUGAGUUUGCCCAGACCUUGGGUGCUGCCCUGGGCCGCCCAGCCUUUAUCCCUCUCCCCAGCACUGUGGUGCAAGCUGUCUUUGGGCGAGAGCGUGCCAUCAUGCUGCUGGAGGGCCAGAAGGUGACCCCACGGCGAACACUGGCCACUGGCUACCAGUAUUCCUUCCCAGAGCUAGGGGCUGCCUUGAAGGAAGUCAUAGCCUAAGUAUGUCAUGGCAAUGGCCUGAGGCCUGUCCCUCACAGGCUUCCAGGUUAAACACUGUGAACAGGCUCAGCUCCUCUGGAGAGCUGAAGCCAACUGGUUCUUAGAUUCCUUCCCCAGUCCUUUUCCUUCCCAUUGUUCUGUUGCUCCACUUUAUUGUCUCAAGACUGUAAUCUCAUCAGGUUGGUACCUUAGUCUUUUCGACUCAUUGUAAUAUUUCCCAGUUUGGUUUCUCUGUAUGUCCUGCUGCUGCCCCACUUCUCCUUUAUGCUGUGCAGAGAAUGCUCUGCAGUUUAGGCAAUAAAUUAUCUCACUAA